AGACCUUGCGAGGAUGCUGGGUACUCGGGUGGCAAGUGCCAACUCUGGCUGGUCCUCUUUCCUGAAGCUUGGAAGUUUACCUGGGAGCCGGUGAAUGCGUCGAACGAACGAAGAUUCACAUGCACAAUCAUACGUACGCGGCCCCCUUUUCUUCCCCACCAUCAACAGACCGCGACGGCUUGCUCUGCGGUUAUCGAUUUCGUCGUAUAUUGCUCGGAGACGCCGCGGGGAUAGUGAAACACCGACUCCUUCGACCCGGCUGUGAUCCCCUCGUCGCAAAUGAUUCUCCUGCUUGCUGCGCAAACUGCUACGAGAACUGCGUGAAUACGUUGAACCUGCGACACGCUUUGCGCUGUUUGUUACCACAUGCGUACGUGGGCAUCGAAUUCUUCCGUCCUGCCCUUCCGAGUGUAUCCAAGCCAAUCAGCCACGCUCUGCCCCUCCAGAUUCCAGAAUCAAGAAUGGCUGAUAAGCCCAACUUCACCUUCCUCCAUUCCUGCACCAUGCGCGUGCCGAUCACGCGCGUUUCUUCCCUGUCUCUUCUCGAGCUGCUUGUAUGCGCUUUCAGUACUCCUCAAGUGACCCGCUGCAAGACCUACCUUAACCACAGACCCAACUGCAUACGCGGAUGCGCCUCGCCCAUUCUGAUCACGUCCCUCCUGCACUCCUGCACAAUCUCGGAUUCUCAGCGACGAUCGCCCCCGAAUCAUAUCACCGCUUGGCUCGCCGAUAAGCCUGUCCUUCUCGCCUUCCCGUCUUCUCCUGGUCAUCUCCACUGUUGUCGCUUCAUAAGGCGGGCCAGGGCGAGGGAAGCGCGUGGCCGUGCGUCCCUUGCGGCUGUAUGCGGCGAGAGCAAGUACCGAGCUGAGACAUGUCCAGAUUGGUUUGGUUUGCGACGUGCGCGGAUGGGCGUUUCCGUUCUAUGUAGGACCGGCGCUGGGUUCUGGCUGCGACGGCGCUGGAGGCGAAGAUGGUGGGCGGCGCGUCGCGCUCUGCCGUACAGACUGGAAUCCGUUGCUGCGAGGGAAAGCUGAGCCUGCGAAGUCGUCGUCUCUCCUGGACCCCACGCGAUCCGAAUUCGGGCGCCAGAAGGAUCCCUACGUUCUGUGCGUGUCAAUGGGGACGAGUGACGUCGUGCACCUUGUAUGACUGGCACCCCGUCACGAAAUACAAAGUCUAACACUAGCGGGGUUCGAUCUGGGGGCCCGGCGUUUGAAUACCCGUCACAUCUUGUCUGAAGACUGAAAUCUUGGGCGCGGUGAUGU